AUGGAAGGGACUGAGAAGACCGUUCCCGGCGAUGAGAGAUGUGCGUCUCUCUCUAAGCCUGAGAAAAGGGACGAUGUGGCUGUCGACAGGGUGGCAACAGAUAUCAGCAACGAUAUCACCGCCGAAGAUGGAGGCAGUACGCAAGAUGUUGAAGCUCGCGCUGAAGAAGCGGUUUAUUCAUCCUUCAGCAAGAGCACCAAGAUCUUUAUCCUGAUGAUGGCGACUUUUUCGUCCUUGUUCUCACCCGUGUCUACGACCAUCUACCUACCCGCUCUGACGCCUCUCUCGGCUGAUCUGAAAGUCUCUAACACCCUGAUCAACUUGACCCUGACCACCUAUAUGAUCUUUCAGGCCAUCUCGCCUAGCUUCUUUGGUGACUUUGCGGACACCAGCGGCCGAAGACCAGCAUACAUUACCACAUUCGGAGUGUAUCUGGCAGCCAAUAUCGGACUAGCGCUGCAGCACAGCUAUGCAGCACUACUGGUGCUACGAUGCCUGCAGAGUGCAGGAAGUAGCGCGACAAUUGCGAUUACGAUGGGCGUGAUGGCUGACAUUGCCACAGUUUCAGAGCGAGGGAGGUAUGUAGGCAUGGUGCUGACGGGCACUUUGGCCGGUCCUGCUCUCGGCCCAGUGUUGGGUGGUGUUCUUGUGCAGUUUCUUGGAUGGAGGUCGACGUUUUGGUUCCUGGUAAUUGGCGCGGGGGUGUUUCUGGUGCCAUACACGCUAUUUGUGCCAGAGACAUGCAGGAACGUGGUGGGUGAUGGCUCUGUGAAACCACCAUGGUGGUGGAGCCGCACGUUGAUUGACGUGUGGAAGGGGGGAAAGGGGCACCGGAGUGAAGCAGAGUGGGAGGCAGCUCUGGCAAGGCAGGGAGUGAAGAGACGGCCGGCCCGUUUCCCGAAUCCGCUGCAGUGUGCAAAGCUGGUGCUGGAGAAGGAUAUCGGACUGCUCCUGUUCGUCACUGCGGUGUUGUAUGGAGUCUAUUACGUCAUGCUGACCUCCGUGCCGUCCCUGUAUAAGGAGAUAUACGGCUUCAACGAGUUCCAGGUCGGACUCUGUUUUCUACCGAGUGCAGCAGGGGGCGUCGCGGCAAGCUUUAGCAUGGGCCACCUUCUAGACUGGAAAUUCAAACGCAUCGCUACGAGUCUUGGCCUGCCUGUGGACCGCAAACGAGCACAAAACAUCAAGGAAUUCCCCAUCGAGCGAGCACGGAUCACAGUCCUCUUCCCCUUCCUAUACGCCGGCAUGGCCGCCAUGAUCGGCUACGGCUGGGCUCUGGACCGCAAGGUGAUGCUCGCUGGACCUCUCAUACUGCAGUUCGUGGCAGGAUUCUGUAUGGCGGGCGCCUUCACGUCCACGAGCACGCUGCUGGUGGACCUGUACCCGUCCAACCCAUCUGCGGUGACAGCAGCGAGCAACCUGACACGGUGCAUGCUGGGAGCUGCCGCGACAGCGUCGUUCAGCCCGAUGAUCGAGCGGAUCGGAGUUGGCUGGUGCUUUACGGUGUGGUGUCUUGUUACUGUGGGGAUGACGCCGGGGUUGUGGGCUGUGGUCCGAUGGGGUCCCGGGUGGCGGGAGGAGCGGCGGCAGCGAGACCUGAAAGUGCCGGCAUAG